AACAGCCUGAAAAUGUUUUAAAAGGUAACUGAGUUGGCCGUUAUAAAUACCCUUUCUUCCAUCACCCAUUCAAACCAUCCACCUCUCUUUUUCUCUCUAAAAAAAGCUUCAUCUCAUCUGCCAUGGCGAUUAUGAUCUUUCUAGCAACUCUUUUGGUCAUUUUUGUUUCAUCCUUUGCAAAGAUUGCAUAUGAUACUCUCUCUUUCUACUGGCUUACCCCUAGAAGAAUCAGGAAGAGGAUGGCCGAGCAAGGCGUUUAUGGCCCCAACCCACGACCCUUCACCGGAAACAUCCUCGAUGUCGUAGAGCUUGUCAAGGAAUCCACAGCCAACGACAUGAGCUCCAUCAGUCACGACAUCGUUGAUCGUUUGUUACCCUAUUACUCUGCAUGGACAAAGCAAUACGGAAAGAGGUUUAUAUAUUGGAACGGGAUGGAGCCGAGGCUGUGUUUGACGGAGAUGGAGUUGGUGAAGGAAGUAUUGGGGAAGAGCAGCAAUGUGUGUGGGAGGUCAUGGAUGCAAAGACAAGGGACCAAACACUUCAUAGGCAAUGGAUUGUUGAUGGCAAAUGGAGAAAAUUGGCAUCAUCAACGUCACCUCAUUUCACCUGCGUUUAGGGGGGAAAGGCUUAAGAGCUAUGCGGGGUUGAUGGUGGAAUGCACCAACAAAAUGAUCCAAUCAUUGGAGGCCCAAUUGGAGGAGGGCCAGACAGUGUUCGAAAUUGCUGAUUGCAUGAAACGCCUCACCGCCGACAUCAUUUCCCGGACUGCGUUCGACGCAAGCUCCGACAAAGGCAUCCAAAUCUUUGAUAUGCUCACUCAGCUUCAGCACCUCUGCGCACAAGCCAGCCGCCACCUCUGCAUCCCCGGUAGCCGGUGCGUUUUUCUAAACCAAAUAUUUCAUUUCGUAGGGUGUUAG